AUGGGAAUUUCACCGGAAUUGCGGAGUUUGAACCUAUCAAACAAUCAUUUGGAGGGUCCUCUCACUGUUUCUUCAAUCCCACUUCAACUGCAGUCGUUGGAUCUGUCUGUAAAUGAACUGAAUGGCCCAUUAUUGCUAGAUAUUCCUAUACCUGAACAAAACUUUAGUUUGGAGAAGCUUUUACUUGCAGACAACAAGAUCGAAGGACCUAUAACAGCUUCAUUAGGGACCAUGACAUCUUUGUAUAUUCUAGAUUUGUCAAAUAAUCAGCUAAGAGGCAAUAUCCCUGAUAGUUUGGGUAAUUUGACAUUGCUAACAGUGCUGCGUUUGGAGAGUAACCAUUUAAACGGAGAGAUCCCUGCCUGCCUGACCAAUCUCUCAGAACUUGUAAUGCUCAAUCUGGCAAGUAAUGAAUUGGAGGGUCAGAUUCCUAAGGAGCUUGGAAAUUUAGCAGGACUUGCAUCUCUCCAUCUUGAAAAGAACAAUCUGCAAGGACUUCUUCCUCUGUCUUUAGCACAACUUUCAAAUCUGCAGGUGAUUGACGUCGGAGAAAACAAUUUGACAGGAAACAUUCCAUCUUGGAUUGGCACCUGUUCAAGUCUACUAGUUCUUAUGAUGAGAUCAAACAAUUUCAAAGGCAAACUACCUCCACAGAUCGGCGAACUAACGGAGCUUCUUAUCCUCGACCUUUCUUCUAAUCUUUUGUAUGGGGAAAUCCCAAAUACCUACUUAAAUUUGGCAGCCAUGGUCGUUGUAAAUGAAGAUAUGUCCGUGGUUGGAGAAGACCGUCAUGCUCCCUCAGCUCGCCGCGUUCGUCCUUGUGGUGCUCCUAGUGGUGCUCGUAGUCGUCAUCCACCUAAUAUUCGUGGUAUCACUCCUGAUUCUGAUCAUAAUUAUUAUGGCACUUGCGUAGAUUAUGUAUAUGGAAAUGAAGACAGAAGAUACUAUAUAGAGGGCUUAGAUCUAAUUACCAAGGGGUCAGAAAGGCAUUACGCUUAUGUCUUAUCAGGUAUGGCAUGCAUUGAUUUGUCAAACAACAGAUUAUGGGGCCAUCUUCCAGCGAAAAUUGGAAAUCUCAAAGGCUUGAUGUUUCUAAAUCUUUCUCGGAACAGUUUCAAUGGGGACAUUCCAGGUAGCAUGGGCAACCUGAGUCAGUUGGAAUCGCUGGACCUUUCUCUCAACAAAUUUUCAGGAAAAAUUCCAUUCCAGCUUGGUUCUCUGGAUUAUUUGGGAUAUUUAAAUAUGUCUUACAACAAUCUGUCAGGGGUGAUACCACAGCAAGGUUCUCAUAUGAUAACAUUUGAUAAAUCAGCAUUUUGGGGAAAUCCAAAUCUGCGGGGAUGCCCUGUGGAAAGUUGGAAGUGUUCUCCACCUCAUUCACCACUGUCUCCUCCUACAAUUGAUGUCAAGGAAGAGGCAAAGGAAGGAUUUUCAUGGUAUGAGCUGAGCAUGGGAUGGUCAGUUGCAGCAGGAUUUUUUGCCGUGGUGUUGGUGCUCACUUUCAAAGUGAAUUGGAGAAAGACGACCUUUGAUCAGAUGGACAGAGCUAUAACAUUUCUGUUGGGGGAGCGCACUAACUGA